AUGGCUGAAUCCAACGGCCAGACGGAUAGAUAUCCCUCACCAGCGGGCGGACCUAUUCAAGGCCUUCCAUUCUACCAGAGCACCCAAUCGCAGCCGCAGCACCACCCGGAACGGCGAACGGCGCCCAGCCCACAAGGCGCGCAAGAGACUGAACAGCGCGAGAGGACUUCUGCUUCUCCCAGCUCUCAGCUACGUGGCGAAGCGUCGGGCGAAUCGCAAAUGCGCUCAUCACUGAUCGGCAGCACCUUUGGCAACUUUGGAGCGCCGACGGCGAACAUGGGCAGUCGUACCGCAGCUUCCGAACCUACUUCACCUGAGGGAGCUCCGCAGGGCUCGGUCGCGUACGCCCAGUACACUGGCUCUCCAGGCGCAGCGCCUCCGAGCGUUCCUUUAGCUGGCGACAAGAAGGACAAGCGGCAGAAGGUCAGUCGCGCUUGUGACGAGUGCAGAAGGAAGAAGAUUAGAUGUGAUGCGGUGGACGAGACUGGUAGUACGCCUUGUACCAAUUGCGCUCGUACUGGGGCCAAGUGCGCCUUCAGCCGCCAGCCCAUGAAGCGCGGUCCUAGCAAAGGAUAUAUCAAGGAACUGGCUGAUCGACUACACACCCUGGAGCGGCAGGUUCAUCCUCCCCACAUGCAGGAGCAGCAUCAGUAUGAAAUACAACAGGUACAGAGAGCAAUGGCGGAAGGACUGCAGGCGUAUGGGCACGACCCACGGGUGGUGGUUGAUGCGCGCACUGGCGAAAAGCGAACGCAUGACAUGGCAGAGGCAAUGCAGAAUGGACAGACACAGAUGCUACCUCCGGGUUCGGCUAUCGCUCAGCAUUCGGGAAUGCACGCGUACGGACACCCACCACCACAGCAAUCAGCUCCGGGCGCAACUCAACCUUUCUGGCGCUACGGAGGAGGGCUCGAGAAUCGUCAGGAGCCCGCGGGGCUAACGUACGAAUCCGAGAAUGCCACCACCAUCACUAAUUUCGAUUGGGACGAGGCUGUCAUUGACGAGUACUAUCGCAUCAUCCACCAGACGUUUCCUCUUCUGCCACACAACAAGCAUCGCCUACGACAACGCUUGGGAGAAUGCCCUGCAUCACUCCGAGAAGCAUGUCUUGCUGCUCUUGAUUGCUUGAUGCGUACGUUUCCGACAACAUCACUGCCACCGAAUACUGGAUACGCUCAGGCUCUGAAGCGGACUGCUGAGUUGCUGGCGCAGUAUCCCUUCGACAACCCGAGCAGCCAUACCAACGCUACCAACCUGGUGUAUCUCCAAACACUUAUACUCAUGGCACUUGAAAGCGACAACCACGGACCGGCAACAAUCCGAGGGCAAGCAGGUCCUAGCCGUGCUGAGUGGCUAGGCCGAGCUGCAGGCGUGGCUGGUCAGCUGGAAAUCAACGUUAUUCGGAAUAGAAGCACCUCGGUGAUGGAAGGUGACAGAGACUCGGAAGAGCGUCUUGCCCGCCGAGUGUGGUGGGUGCUGUUCAUUCUUGACAGAUGGCAUGCUUCGUCGACGGCGGACUUGCUCAAGCUGCCCGAGAACAGUGUCGUACUGCUUCCAGAAGAUCAAGUCCUGCUGGGCGAGUCGACUUACCAUCUCGCGCGGCUUUCAUUCAUUAUCGGACAUCUGGCUGCCAUUUUGACUACGACCAAGACCCCGUCCACGGAUGUCAUGGCUCCUUCCAAUCCAGCCUCAUCUUUGCUUGGCCUCACGUUGGCUGGAGAGAUUGAUCGCUUUCGAGAGUCGGUCGAGUCGGUCUGGGGCUCUCUGAAUCUGGUCCACCUGAGCUAUCACCAUUGCCAUCUGCUCAUCAAGCGACUCAACCCGACUACGGAGCCAUCAGAGCUGGUCGGACACGCUGUAAAGGUGGCGACGGUGCUUAACAGUCGCCUGACUCCCGUUACUCCGUUGAACCAUCACUUUGGUGCUUUAGCUGCUAUGACACUCUGCGAGCUCAGCGACGUCCCGAAGACUCGAACCGAAGCUAUCAAGGGCCUUGAUCAGAUGGCCGAGUGUCUGGGUGAAGGUCGCGGGCUUGCCGGAAAACUCGAGAGUGAAGGAUGGGACGGUGCCGUGCGCGAGUUGGUGGUGAAGAAGCGAGAAAAGAUGCAGCAGUAUCGUGAUGGGCUGCAUAAUCUGGCUGAUGCUGCGGUUGGUGGUGACGAUGCCAAUUUCGAUCCUACUAUGUUGACAAGAUAUGGAUAUCUGACCUCUCUUGGUCAGGGGUUGUUUGGUAGGGAGAGUGUUUAA